CGCGCUCUAAACUUCCGGGAGCGGCGGUUAGCAUAACGCGGGCGGUUGAUCUGGAGGUCUCCCGGGCGGUUCCGAGGCUGGUUGGGAAGCCCAGGAAACCUGAGUGUCCGCUGCUCGGAUCAUCCAAGUGUUUGAGUAUGGCAGAAGGGGACACCUUGGUCUCAGUGGAUUACGAAAUUUUUGGGAAGGUUCAAGGGGUGUUUUUCCGCAAGUACACUCAGGCUGAGGGUAAAAAGCUCGGUCUGGUAGGCUGGGUCCAGAACACUGAUCGGGGCACAGUGCAGGGACAACUGCAAGGUCCCAUCUCCAAGGUGCGUCCCAUGCAAGAAUGGCUGGAGAAAAGAGGAAGUCCUAAGUCACACAUUGACAGAGCGAACUUCAACAACGAGAAAGUCAUCUCAAAGUUGGAUUAUUCAGACUUCCAAAUUGUAAAAUAAUGACCUGAAGUUUUUUUCAAAUAACCUCACUCCUUUUUAUUGAUAUAGAACUAUUCUAUGCUCAGUAUUAGAAUUUCUCGGUAAGUUAUUUUAGCUGUGUUUUUGAAAGUUACCUGUGUUACAUGUAUGAUGGAAUACAAUUGUGUACAAUUUUAACCAAUAAAAACACAUUAGAACUUUA